GGUAGUCUGGUAGAAAAAGGUCAUUUUCACUUUCUGUCACAAACCCCUGCUGGUGGGAAUCUUCAGCUUGCUGUCGUGUUCAGUGAUGACAACAGUUUAUAGGUUACGAGGAUGAUGUCCCGAGGAAACGUUUCCCUGCUGCUAAUCUGCGAUUGCUCACGGUCCAGGAUUGUGCUUCGACCUUCAGGUUAAUCCUGUUAGCCCCCAGGUAGCCGCUGUGGAAAUCUCAGCAGAUCUGUGCUGGCGGUACUACACUCUGGAUCUCUACAACAUGCAGAACCACCUGUAGACACUCAGGAUGUUUAACUGGGCGGUGAAAGUGGUUCCUCAGCCUCCUGAAGCUGGUGGAGCAAACGAUGCUGCCGACACUUCUGCUGCUAAGCCUCAAAAAAACAGAGACGUGAAGAGUCCUCCACUGACAAACAUAGAGGAGGGUUCAGAUGACAGUCAGGGCCAAACUGGAGUAUUAGGCUGGCUCUCUAACGGGUUCGUCAGCGCUCUACCGCAGCCUUCUGGCUCCCCUCGACUCAACAGGGCCAACUCUGAAGCCAGGCAGCCAGGAGAAGAUGGAGAAAGGUCUGGAGUGAUCGGUUGGGUGGCUCAGGGUCUGACCAAAGUUUUGCCUCAGCCUGAUGACAAAUACAAAGAGACCGACAACGCCAACAAUGACGAGCACACAGAGGUGUAUGAUGUAGAAACAAUGCCAGAUUAUGAUCCUCUUCCACACAUCCCUGUGGUGGAGAUGUUGUCAGAAGAUGAGGCGUCAGAAGUAGAGAGUUUAUCUCCUCAGUUUCCUCCCAAUGUGGUAAACUGGAUAAAGCAGAUGAUCCCUCAGCCGGUGAUACUGCCCCCUGGUGCCGUACCGCUUGAACCGUCCUCCAAAUCCUCUCGCUCGUCUCUCGACAAAAUUCUGUCUCCGCCGCCUGAAUCUCUCAGUGGAAUCUCCCUGGAUACCGACAGCAAGACCUCCGGGGUGGUCGGCUGGUUCGUGACUGGUCUGGGUUUGAAGCUUCCUCAGCCGGCUCUUCCACAGAAAGAUGACGCUGAGGGUGCUGCUGAAGUCCUACAGAAAGUUUCAUCCAAACUCAAACCUGACAUGGUCCUGGAAGACGUGGAAUCGGACAGCGAGGGCCAGCAGAAAAGUCAUUCCAAACCUGCAGCGGCAUCUACAUCCUUGACUCCACCAUCACCUUCUGCACACCAACAGCAGACACAGUCCAACUCAGUGGAGCCUCAGAAGUGCAAUGACGCUGAGGCUGAGCCAAAACCAUCAGAGGACCCGACGCAAACAUGUCAGGAAGAUGCUGAGACCCAGACGGGCCGCUGGACGCCAUUUAUUGAAAGCAUCAAAAAGGAGGCUGAGGAUGUUGCUUUGGCUACUAUGGAGGAACGUCUGCUCCAGGAGAGGGUGGAGAUGGCCCGUAUGGCUGAGGAGGUGGCCAGGCAGACAGCUGAGAUGGCUAUCAGACAGAUGACUAGUGAGGGACAGUCCAUCAAACUGUCACUGGGGAGUCAGGAGCUGCUGGAGGAGCCUGAAGCCGAGCUGCUACAAGAAGACGAGAGCCAGGUGGAGUCCUAUAAAGUCUCAGAAAAGGAAGAGAGCAUUGCUCAGGAGGAGCAGAGAGUGGAAACCGAAGAACCUGCCAUCCAGGAAGCAGAGCCAAAUGAAGAAGAAGCAGAGCCUCAGCUGGCCUCACCCUCUCCACCUCCAAGUCCUGAACUGGUGAAGAACUCAGAGCCACAGCCAGAACCAGAACCAGAGACCAGGACCCAGGAAACCAGUCCAGAAGCUGUGACCCAGCAGCCGCAGAAAACAGAAGAACGUCCAGCUGCUAACUCUGAGAAACCUACUGAUAAAGAGGAGGAAGCUACUGGGGAUGGCUGUGGUGAGAGCUCCAGCCUCAGCCUUCGUCCAGCCGUCAAUGUGGAGGACGUCGACUCAGAUCAUGAGAAAGGAGGAGGAAGAGGGGAGGAGCAGAUCCUCAACUCCCAGGACCCCAAACUUACAACCCUCACUGUCCCUGUGGCUCUGUCAGGAGGCCGCCAGAGUAAAGGGGAUAAAGAUAAGCGGCUUCAGUCUCAGAGUGAAGAUGAUGAUGAUGAAGGAAACAUCCCUGUCAGAGCUUGGCCCAGUCAUUCAAGCCUGCACAGCACAGAUGACGUUCUGAAGGAGCGUCCAGCAUCUUCAGCCAGUCAGACCAGCACCGUGGUGAACGAAAGACUUCAGGAGCUGGUCAGGAUGUUCAAAGAGAGAACAGAGAAGGCCAAGGAGAAGCUCAUCGACACAGACAGCUCGGAUGAAGACAGCGUCAUCCCCUCUCCUCCUCAGGCCCCAGCUACUCAGCCUGCUCCAGCAGCUCCACCUCUGAAUGGAGAAGAGAAAGAGAUGGAAGCAGGUCCAUCAGCCGGAGGAGGAAUAGAAGGUGGGGCCGAGGAGGAGCAGUCUAGCCACGGCCGUCAGGUGAAAACUCCUCGUUGGAUACGAGGCUGUUUGCACUUCCGCUUCCCUGCCAGCAUCGACCCUUUCACCAACCUAAUGUACGUGCUGUGGAUGUUUUUGGUGUCUCUGGCGUGGAACUGGAAUGUGUGGUUCAUCCCGGUGCGCUGGGCCUUCCCCUACCAAACCCCAGACAACAUUUACUACUGGCUGCUGACCGACUAUCUGUGCGACCUCAUUUACAUCCUGGACAUCACCGUUUUUCAGCCACGCCUGCAGUUUGUGCAUGGAGGAGACAUAGUGUGUGACAAAAAAGAGAUGAGAAAGAAUUACAUGAAAACCAAACGCUUCAAGCUUGAUGUAGCCAGCCUUGUUCCCCUGGAGCUCUUCUAUUUUAAAACCGGCAUCAACCCACUGCUUCGCUUACCCAGACUGCUGAAGAUCAACUCAUUCUUUGAGUUCAACGAGCGUCUCGAGGCCAUCCUGACCAAAGCCUACAUUUACAGGGUAAUACGCACCACCACCUACCUUCUUUACUGUCUCCACUGCAACGCCUGUCUCUACUACUGGGGCUCUGCCUUCAAAGGCCUGGGAUCUACUAAAUGGGUGUACAAUGGCGAGGGAAACAGUUAUAUUCGCUGUUACUACUUUGCGGUAAAGACCCUGAUCACCAUCGGUGGUCUGCCAGAUCCCACCACCCUGUUUGAGAUCGUCUUCCAACUCAUCAACUACUUUGUUGGAGUUUUUGCCUUCUCUAUUAUGAUUGGACAGAUGCGUGAUGUGGUUGGUGCAGCCACAGCCGGUCAGACCUACUACCGCACCUGUAUGGACAACACUAUCAAAUACAUGUCCUCCUAUCGCAUCCCCAAAGAUGUCCAGAACCGAGUCAAAACCUGGUACAACUACACCUGGCAAUCACAAGGCAUGCUGGAUGAGCAGGAGCUGCUGACUCAGCUGCCGGAUAAAAUGCGUCUGGACAUCGCUAUAGAUGUCAACUACUCCAUUGUGAGCAAAGUCCCCCUAUUUCAGGGUUGUGACAGACAGAUGAUUUUUGACAUGCUGAAAAGCCUACGCUCUGUUGUUUAUCUGCCAGGAGAUUAUGUCUGCAAAAAGGGUGAGGUCGGUCGGGAGAUGUACAUAAUAAAGGCGGGGGAAGUGCAGGUGGUUGGAGGGCCGGAUGGGAAGACGGUGUUUGUUACGCUCAGAGCAGGAUCAGUGUUUGGAGAGAUCAGUUUGCUCGCAGUCGGUGGAGGCAACAGGCGCACAGCCAAUGUGAUCGCUCACGGUUUCGCCAAUCUAUUCAUCCUGGAUAAAAAGGACUUGAAUGAAAUCCUGGUGCACUACCCCGAGUCCAAGAAACUGCUCCGCAAGAAAGCCAGGAAGAUGCUUAACAAGGGGAAGAAACCUGAACCUAAAGAAGAGACUAAGGAACCUCCUCAGGUUCCGGUGGCUCCUGUCAGGCCAGAAACUCCCAAACUACUGAGAGCAGCGCUUGAGAUGACUGAGAGAUCUUCUGGACUGAAAGGAGCUCUCGCUAAAGUCAAAGAGAAGACCAACAAGUCCAGCAUCUCAUUACAGCCAUCCAUCUCCUCCUCCCUUCCUCCUGCAUCACCAGCCUCCAGCUGUGGAUCCGACAGAGACGAAGACUCGUCGUCACCCAUCUCCACGAUGUUUCGCUCGGCUUCCCACUGCCGCAGCGCUGCAAUGCCUCCGCCUGCAGUCCCGUGCCACAGCGACGCCAUCGAGAGGAAGGAUGUCAGCGAGGAUGAAGAGAACGAGGGCAGGAAGAAGAAAGAGAAGACGCUGUGAUAGUUUUCUGGAUGAGAAGAAGAGGAAACUUUAGCCUGAAAUAGUAGGAGAAAAAGACAAAGAAGGACAAAAGGCUGAAGAAAGUGUUGUAAAUGGAGAUGUACACUAACUGGAAAGUCUUAUUGUCAAGCUGAUUUGGAUGCCCUCAAUGGAAUUUAACUAAAUGGAACUGUGUUGAAUUCUGAACCAGGUGGAGCUUUUCUAUGUCAUAGCCCACAAUAUGCUGUACAGGUGUAUCUGUAAUCUGUGAAACUGGUAUAUUCUGUCCUUUAUAUCUUGUUGGUGUCCAUGUCCCUUUGAUUGUUCAAGCUGGGCCACUGGAAAAUAAAACUCCAGAUUCUUUUUAUUUUUUCUUUUAACCUCAACCCACUGGAUUCAUCUUCAUCUCAUCAUAGUUCAUCUAACGUGGAGGACAUUUCUAUUCAUUUGAUUACCUCUUUGAAAAUCCAGGCAGGUUUUUUUUUUUUUUUUAAAUCAUCUACACUGAGUUUCCAUCAAUGAACUCUGGAGCUCUGCAGGAUAGUCAGUUUAGACCAUGAAUUUAUACACAAGUGAACUUUUCUCUUUCUUUGUUUUUGCUGUUGUUGUUUACUAUGUGUUUACAGAUUGUUUUUGUAAUAUGCCUUGUAUUUCUGUGUUGUGUUGGAGUGAAUAGCCUGCAGCUGCUGACGGUUUUUACAGAGCUGGUUAGUAAAUCCAGUAAAUCUGUGGACUAGUUAAGGUUUAACAGCACGAUCAUCUAUGCUCCUAUCAGAUCUAUGUGGACAGCUCAGUGCAUGGUAAUCCCACAUUUUAUUUUUAUUUUACUAUUAUUCAUUUAAAAAUAGCAGCUCUAACAUCAUCAAAAGCAUGUAUUAAACAUUGUUUUACACGCUGUACUGCUGUUCCUGUUCCUGUUUUCUUUUAAGUUGGUUUUGUACAGUAUUGUAAAUAUACUUGUUUUUUUAUUUAGCUCAUUUUCUCACUAAUGUAAAAUCACUGUGCUGUUGUAAUAAGAAGUAGAUGGAUUUUAGAAAUGCUAAAUGUUUAAUAUGUUGUGCUAAUGACUCAGUAAUGAUGUGAGAAAUGUCAAAUUUGUAUAUAUAUAUAUAUGUGUGUGUGUGUGUGUGUGUGUGUGUGUGUGUGUGUGUGUGUGUGUGUCUGUAUUGAUUGUUGCAGCCUCAGAAGACGGGCCCAUAAACCAGCUAAACAAGCUGCCAGACAAUCUGUAGAAUCCAUUUCUUCUUUAUGAACAGAGCUACAACAUGAGUGAAUUGACCACCGGUGUAGUCCUGGCUUGUGUGAAUUUUCUUUAAAUAAACGACUGUUUUCAGCAUG